AUGCCUUGGAAGCACAAAGCCCUCCUCUUCAUUGUUUUCUCGCUCUACGUCUCCUCGCAGGUGGCGGGUUUGUCUGGAAAACCAGCGGGAGGCGAUGAGUGCGCGGAGCUGAACAACAGCACGUGGCUGGAGUACCGGCAGCAGCGGGGCAAACUGCAGGUCCAGGUCCUGCUGCUGACCAGGAGAAACCUGGACUGCGCCCAGCGGUUCCAGCCAGAGGCCCUCGGCAACAGGACCUCCGCUUUCAACACCUCCCACCCCACCAAAGUCAUCAUCCACGGAUACAGGGAUUUGGCCCGGGCCCUGCUGGGGGCCCAGGAGGCCAACGUCCUGGUGGUGGACUGGGUCUACGUGGCCUCCUUCGCCUACAACCUGGUGGUGGAGCACUACCGGGAGGUGGCCCUGCAGGUAUCCGUGGUCAUCAACCAGCUGCAGAAACACGGAUGCAGACCAGAGUCCUUCCAUCUGAUCGGAGUUAGUCUGGGAGCACAUGUGGCCGGUUUUGUGGGGACUCUGUUUGAAGGAAAAAUAGGAAGAAUCACAGGUCUGGACCCCGCCGGACCCAUGUUUAAAGGGGCGGACACCUACGACCGGCUGGACCCCUCCGACGCCCUGUUUGUGGACGCCAUCCACACGGAUUCGGACUACUUUGGAAUCUCCAUCCCGGUCGGCCAUGUGGAUUUCUUCCUGAAUGGUGGGAAAGAUCAGACUGGAUGCGCCCGCUCCAGGUUUGCAUCAAUGUACGGUUAUGUGAUCUGUGACCACAUGAGGGCGCUGCACGUCUACAUGAGCGCGCUGAACGGCUCGUGCCCGCUGACGGGGAUCCCGUGCUCCAGUUACGAGGACUUCCUGAACGGGAACUGCGUGCACUGUGAUGUCUUCAAGGGGAGAUGUCCAAAGAUAGGUUUAUCAGAAAACAGCGGGAUAGUCAUGUCACCCAUCCCCAAAGAGCAGAAACUCUUCCUCCUCACCACGUCUUCGCCACCUUUUUGCAGUGAGUGUUUGCUCAACUAA